AUGGAGAACGAGAACACCUUAACAUGGUCUGCCCAACUGGCCGUGGCACCUCCCCAACGAGCCCCUCGACUCCCUGGCGAUAAAAUAACCCUUCCGCAGUCCGCCCUCGAACAACUCCUCGCCGCCGCCCCGCUCCAAGCCGUUCCCAAUUCCUCAAACGCACGCGCGCAACACACAAAUACCUUCGAUCCAUUCAACCCCCACACUUUCGCCGCCGAGUCUCGCGCCCGCCAGCAGAUUGAACAGCGUCAGCAGCAGCUUCCACACCCACUGACGUUCCGCAUCGUGAAUCCUCAAAAUGGCCGAUUCGUUUAUGCGGGGAUCCGCGAGUUCUCCGCACCGGAGGACGAGGUCGCUCUCAGCAGUCUACUCCGCGAGUCUCUCGAGAUUUCCGAUGACGAAUUUCCUACAAUCCAGCCCCAAGAGAAUGGAAAUAUGAUAGAGAUGGAUGUCGACGAAUCAGAAGGAACCGGACACCAAACGCCAACAACGAUACCCACAUCUACACCCGCGGACCAAGGUCCAAGGGUCACGGUGCACGCGAAGCAAUUACCCAAAGGCACAUACGUUCGUCUCCGUCCACUCGAAGCAGGCUACGAUCCCGAAGACUGGAAAGCGUUGCUGGAAAGACAUCUUCGGGAUAACUUUACCACGCUGACGGUUGGCGAGCUUCUCACGGUGCCGACCUCGCGCACCGAGUCCUUUCGAUUUCUCCUCGACAAAGUCUACCCAGAAGGGGAAGAUGGGAUUUGCGUCGUUGACACAGAUCUGGAAGUUGAUAUCGUCGCGUUAUCUGAAGAACAGGCACGUGAGACGUUGCAAAAGAGACUGGAGCGAGCUGCGCGGGCACCUGGUACGACGGCCGGUAGUUCGGUUGGUGGAGUGCUUACUCUUGGGGAGAAUGUGGCUGCCCAGGUGUUACCAGGGGAGUAUGUGGACUAUGAGCUGCGAGAUCUGAAGAAGCAUGAGGGAACGCUUCGGAUUGAGCUCUUGACAGAUGAUCCUACCGUGUCUCUAUUUGCUGCUCCGCUGAGUGCUCGCCAACGAGGUCGGCCGAGGAGAGAUAUGCAUGUCUGGGGAGACUUUUCUGCAGAUGGAGUGAAAAAGUUCAAGAUUCGGCCUACAAAUGUCGCGCUGGAGGGAGCGGAAUCUCUGUAUAUUUCUGCUUAUGCUGAGAUUCAAGAUACCGAGGAUGACGAGCCCUCACAACGAGUUCCUGUGAAAUAUAACCUACGGAUAUCGAUCGAUGAUUCAGAAGAUGGCGUCGAGGCGGAGGCAGAGGAGGACGAACAUGAGCCAGACGACGUGCAGUGUCAGAACUGCCGACAGUGGGUUCCACAACGGACCCUAGUUCUCCACGAGAACUUCUGUCUCCGCAAUAACAUCUUCUGUCCCCAAUGCCAAAACGUUUUUCAAAAACGAUCCCCCGAAUGGCAAAACCAUUGGCACUGUCCGCACGACUCCUCCCACGGCACCGACACCGCGAGCAAAGCCAGCCACGACUCCAUAUUCCACAACACCUACCCAUGCCCAGACUGCCCAUCCACCUUCGAAGGCCUGCCCGCCCUUGCCCUCCACCGAACCAACGAGUGUCCCGGCAAACUAAUCCUAUGCCAAUUCUGCCAUCUCAUCGUUCCGCAAAAAGGCGAUUCAGACCCAGACUUCUUCGACCCAGAAGUUCUAGUCUCCGGCCUCGCCCCUCAUGAACUAGUCGACGGUGGACGAACCACCGAAUGCCAUCUAUGCGGCAAAAUCAUCCGACUCCGCGACAUGAACACCCACCUGCGCCACCACGACCUAGAGCGACUCUCCCGACCCGCACCACGCAUAUGCCUCAACCAAAACUGCGGCCGCACACUAUCAAACACAGACAACAAAUCUCUCGGUCUUUGCAAAAUCUGCUUCGGACCUCUAUACGUCGACACGCACGAUCCAGAAGGCAAGGCCCUGCGCCGCCGCAUCGAACGCAGAUAUCUCUCGCAAAUGAUGACCGGGUGCGGAAAACCCUGGUGCCAGAACGAGUACUGCAAGAACGGGAAGCAGAAGGCACACUCAGACCCUGCACCCGCAAUGAGCAUGCCCGAGAUCAUGAAAGUAACCCGUCCCCUCGUCGAUGCAUUGAACGUCAAGCCGGACGUAACCAACACGGCCCCAUUCUACUUCUGCACCGAUGAAACGGGUCAGCAUCGCCGUAAUCUCGCGAAUAUGAUUUACGCUGAGGGAACUGCCGGUGGAGAUGCGGAUAACAAGGCGUAUGAUCUGGCAUGGUGUGUCGCCGGCGCCGAGGCGGCUGGCGGUGAUCUCGAGAAGACGCGGGAAUGGCUUGCUAAGUGGGCGCCUUCUCGGGGUGAGACAGUGCGAUAG